AUGGCCUCAUCAGCGAAGAAACGGCAGUAUGAUGAAAGCUACAUUCAGUAUGGAUUCACUGCUAUCAACAAAAGUGGGAUUGAAUUUCCACAGUGUAUAUGCCACAAAGUUUUGUCACUGGAGUGCAUGAAGCCUAGCUUUCUCAAACGCCAUCUAAACAGCUGUCAUCCAAGUUUUAUAAGCAAGAAUGCUGCUUUCUUCAAGCAAAAGGAAGAGGGAUUGAAGCGAGCACGCUUCGAUCGUUCGGGACAUUUCAGGCAACAAAAUGAAGCUGGUUUGCGUGCAUCCUACAUGGUAUCACUGAGAAUUGCACAAGAAAAGAAACCUCACAACAUUGCAGAAAAGUUGAUAGUUCCUUGCUGCAAAGAUAUAAUACGUUGUGUUAUUGGUUGUGAUGCUGAGCAGAAGGUCACAUCAGUACCUCUCUCAAAUGAUACUGUUCAUCGACGAAUAGUAGAUAUGUCUGAGGAUGUCAAACAACAAGUAAUUGCUGAAUUAAAGGAAGCCUCUUUAGGAAAAUUUGCAAUCCAGCUUGACGAGUCGACUGACGUGGCUGCUUGUGCACAACUCCUGGUGUUUGUGCGAUACGUCACUGGUCAAGAUUUCAAGGAAGAAUAUGCCCUGGCAUCCAAAACUCUCCCACCUGAUUUAAAAUUAGUCCUGGAUGAUGUUGUGCACAUGGUAAAUGCCAUCAAGUCAAGCGCCCUAAAUACAAGACUGUUUUCCCUUCUGUGCCAAGAGUUUGGAAGUGAUGAAGAAGUGUUGCUCCUUCACACUGAGGUUCGCUGGCUGUCGAGGGGGAAUGUGGUAUCAAGAGUAGAAUCACUAAAGGAGGAGCUCACUGAAUUCUUCAAAUGUGACAACAAGGCAAAGUCACUUGAGUUCACCAAGAAAUUGUCAGACAGCCAGUGGCUUCAGAAGCUGGCCUACCUGAGUGACAUAUUCUUACGCCUCAACUCAUUUAACUUAUCCUCCAAGGCCGUUUUGCCACAUACUUAUCUGUGUGAGCAAGGAUUUUCAACGCUGUUGAACAUGAAAACCAAACAUCGAUCACGGCUUAAUGUGGAACAUGACCUACGAUUGUGCCUGUCUAAUACUGCUCCUCGAAUUGAGAAACUUGUUUGUAACAGACAGGCACAGCCUUCACACUGAAGUUCAGUAAUGGUUGAUAAAGGAAAUAUUGUUUCAUUUCUGCAUGUGUAGUAUCACUGUAAAAU